AUGCUUAUUGGAGCGAUGGCUCUAGCUACCUUUACUUCCGUAGGGGUUCUUUACUAUUGUCAGAACUUACUGUUGUAUCCGUCGUGGGCCCAAGGUGCUAGGGCCAACAUUGAGACCCCUGCAUCUAUGGACCUGCCCUACAAGCAUGUUCUGUUGACCUCGAAGGAUGGGGUCGACAUUGAAGGCUACGACGUGAGAAAUAAGGACGAAAAUUCAGAGGCUACAUGUCUGAUAUUGUGUCCCAAUGCAGGUAAUAUAGGGUAUUUCAUCUCUAUUAUGGCGAGGUUCUACCAUGACAUGAAUAUGAGCGUAUUUAUAUUCUCGUAUAGGGGUUACGGUAAGUCUCAGGGCUAUCCAACGGAGGAUGGGCUGAAAUUAGACGCAGAUUGCGUUAUCGAAUAUCUGCAAAAUGAUUCAUUCCACAAGAACAAGAAACUGGUUCUGUAUGGGAGGUCUCUGGGCGGAGCUGUUGCUGUUUAUAUCGCAUCGAAGCACUCUGAUCUAUGUUCGGCAGUUAUACUCGAAAACACCUUCCUUAAUAUAAGGAAAGUCAUACCAUACUUUCUACCGUAUCUAGGUUCCGUACUGUCACGAUUCUGUCGUGACAUAUGGAAUUCAGAACAGGAAAUCCUGCGUUGUUCUGUCACGGCAAGCUUCUUGUUCUUAAGUGGGUUGAAAGAUGAAAUAGUGCCUCCAGAACACAUGGAACAAUUAUAUCGCAUUUGCCCCAGUCGCGAUAAACAAUUUAAAACGUUUCCUACGGGAUAUCAUAACGAUACCAUAUCCGAAGAGGGCUAUUGGGAUAUCAUUCAAGAGUUUCUUGAAGAUCGACAGCUGAUAAUUGUACAAGAUCCAAUCAGCGAAGAGGAACAUGGUGACGACGACGAAGCCAUUGAACCAUUCGUAAAUCCAUUCACAAAGAUAAUGCAUUAA